GAAAAGUACAAUAAAAUUCUGCUUCCAUACAAACAUGCAUUGCAAACAAGAACAAUCGCAAUCGCUUGCCCAUGCAUACAUACAUAUACAUACAUAUAUAGCAUUUAGAUAAAGUUGUUGCUUUUCGUGGGCGUUUUUAUCUAUUUUGAGUUGUUGUGGCAAUGCGAUUUGUUACCAAAUUGGCAUUAGUUUUGAUGAAAUGGUAUUCAAUGCCAAGUACUAUGCGGGCAAUUCAGCCGGUUUCAAGCAUCAACAGCAUUAUGAACAACAACAACAACAACAACAACAGCAACAACAACAGUCCCACAUACCCCAGCCACCACAAGAGCGUGCAACAAUAGCGCGAUACACGGAAAGUGAGUUAAAAGCUUUGAGCACAGUGUGUGGGAGUGAUACCACAGCCACAAGCUCAAUAACCGUAUCUGGUGGUGAUCCAGUGAAAUCCGUUAACGUAAUUGAUUUUAGUUCGGCGAGUAAUAAACACACAGCUAUUCGCCAGCACAUUAACAAUAACGGUAACAAUACAAACUUCUUAAUAACAACAACUACUGUAGGCAGCACAACAGACACUUUAGCGACAAAGCGUGAAAAUCCAUUAUUAAUAUCAACUACAAGUACAACAGCAACUACAAGAGGAAGUGUCGUAUACACUGCGGCAACGAGCAAUCCAACAACGACAUUCACGACAACACUACCAACCGCUAAUUGCCUAGCCGGCUAUUAUGGCUUAGGCAUACCCAAGUCUCCGUCAUUUCAUAGUGGGCUUGAUCAACUGGCCGACAAGCACGACAACUCAUACGUCAAUCGAACACAAUUGCCAAACGCCAACGGUCGCAACAGCGACGUUAGCUCACAUAGUAGUGUUGGUGGUGUUAGCGGUUUAAUAACGCGUACUACUGCUUCAACGGGCAGCGGUAUAAAAUUCAAAUUCACUAAUAUUGAAGAAAUCAAAGCGAAAUUUCUUGGUGGCGAAAAUUCUGGUUUCGGUUUACACUCAACCCGAGAUAACAGUGAUAUAAAACUAGCAAUGCCACAGCAGAAUCAGCAACAGCCGAUAGCAGAUAGUCAAGCCGCCAGCGCCGCAGUGUCAAUUGCAACAACCAACAACACAAUAUCGACUGCAACAACUGCUUCUAUUAGCACAGGUAUUGUUUCCGCUGCCGUUGCUUCAAUCUAUAAUUCAAACAACACAUCCUCUUCGACAUAUACCACAUAUAAUUCCAAUAACGCCGUCUCAGCUGCAUACGCUUCCAACAAUACAUCCUCAUAUUCCUCAUCGUCAUCCGCAUGUAGCAUAUCGGCUUCGACUGGAACGAGUACCACGGUGGUUGGUGGUAUGCCUAACAUAGUCGUUGGCGGCAAUGUCGGUGCUGGUAUUGGCAGUGCGGCUGCCAAUAACGUCAGCACUGCCAUUGUCACCGCAUCAACGACGGGCACGUCAUCUUCACUUGUUGCGACUCUGACACAACAUUUUUCAGCUGCCACCUCGGCCACAUCACUGCUUUCGACGGCCGCCUCAUCAUCACUAACCACUAACAAUAAGUCUCCGGUGAGUGCAGCAGCUGCGAUCAAAAAUAUUUUGAAUGCCACAAAAAGCGUUGGAAACUCAGCAGCGGCUGUGGCGGCGGGUAGUUUUAAUAAUGUUCAAGGACAAGCAGCGAAUUCCUCAGGCAGUGGCAAUGCAAAUGUGGCACAAAAUAUCGUCACUGGAAUUAGUAUUUCAUUGGGAAUCGGUGGUGGCGGUGGUGGUGGUGGUAGUACUGCUGCAGCAGGCAACAGUAACAGCAUAACAUCCGGUUCGUCAUUGUCCAGUGGCAAUGGAACAUCUUUAGCAGCCAGAUUAAAUAACUCUAUAGCAGCACAUUUUCAAAAUGGCGACGAUUCCAACAAUGAUGUUGGCAACGGUAGUGGUGAUGGUGCUGGUGUUAGUGGAGGUAACGGCGCAAAUAUUGACAAUACUAAUAGCAACGGUAAUCACAACACAAACGGCAAUGGCAUUCUGACGCCACAAACUUUGCAACAAAUCACUGGUAGUCCUGGGCGUGCACGAGACCGUAAUCUAUUCCAUUCACCAUCCACCACAUCGGCGGCUGUAACUUUGCCACUACUACGAGAAACACCCACAAAUGAACGAGAACAACUUUUAAUACAAAAGUUGAGACAAUGUUGUACGCUCUUCGAUUUUUCCGAGCCCUUAAGCGACCUAAAAUGGAAGGAGGUGAAGCGUGCUGCGCUGCAUGAAAUGGUCGAGUAUCUGUCUAAUCAGAAUGGCGUUAUUACAGAGGCAAUCUAUCCGGAGGCAAUAAAUAUGUUUGCGGUAAAUCUAUUUCGCACAUUACCUCCAUCAUCCAAUCCUAACGGUGCUGAAUUCGAUCCCGAGGAAGAUGAACCCACGCUGGAGUCAUCGUGGCCUCAUCUACAAUUUGUUUAUGAACUCUUUCUACGCUUCCUCGAAUCACCAGACUUUCAGCCAAAUAUCGCUAAACGUUAUAUCGAUCAUCAAUUUGUGUUGCAGUUGUUGGACCUUUUCGAUUCGGAGGAUCCACGCGAGCGUGAUUUCCUAAAGACUGUACUGCAUCGUAUCUAUGGGAAGUUUUUGGGUUUAAGAGCAUUUAUACGCAAGCAAAUCAAUAACGUAUUUUAUCGUUUCAUUUAUGAGACCGAGCAUCAUAAUGGCAUUGCUGAACUUUUAGAAAUUCUCGGUAGUAUUAUUAACGGUUUCGCCUUGCCACUUAAAGAGGAGCACAAACAAUUCUUGCUGAAAGUACUAUUACCAUUGCACAAAGCGAAAAGCCUAUCAGUUUAUCAUCCACAAUUAACAUAUUGUGUAGUUCAAUUUUUGGAGAAAGAUCCGAGUCUAUCGGAACCAGUCAUAAGGAGUCUUUUGAAAUUUUGGCCUAAAACUCACAGUCCUAAAGAAGUUAUGUUUUUGAAUGAAUUGGAGGAGCUGCUUGAUGUUAUUGAACCAGCUGAAUUUCAAAAAGUCAUGGAACCAUUAUUUCGGCAAAUCGCCAAAUGUGUCUCUUCACCGCAUUUCCAGGUGGCAGAACGAGCGCUUUAUUACUGGAAUAACGAGUAUAUAAUGUCGUUGAUUGCCGACAAUUCCCAAGUCAUAUUGCCCAUAAUGUUCCCGGCUUUGAAUCGUAACUCAAAAACGCAUUGGAAUAAGACGAUACAUGGACUGAUUUAUAAUGCACUUAAACUGUUCAUGGAAAUGAAUCAGCGUCUUUUCGACGAAUGCAGUCGAAACUAUCGACAAGAAAAGCAAAUGGAACGCGAAAAAAUGUCACAACGCGAGGAGCUUUGGAUGCAAGUGGAGUCUUUGGCCAAAAGUAAUCCGGAGUGGCCGAAGCUAGUUGGCCAAAUGGAUAAUUUAAGUAUUUCAAGUAGUCAAAAUGAGUUUGAAGAAAAUGAGAAUUGUGAUCUUACUUAUGACAAAUUGGAACAAGAAAGUAGACAGCAACAGAUACAACCACAACAACAGCAAACAGCACAGGAAACUAGAGAGAUACGUAAUAAAGACAAGCCGUUAUUGCGUCGGAAAUCGGAUUUACCGACAGACAGUGGCACAAUACGUGCACUAUUCGAACAUAAACGAACAGAUGACUACUUGAAGACACCACCAGAUGUUAACAAAUAUUAAACUAAAGAAAUAUACAAGGAAGUCAAUAAUGGAAAAGAAUACAUAUAUUAUAUUGCAUCGAUGGAAUGUUGAAAAUCAACACACAUAUAUUAAAACAUGGUUAAUCUAAUUAAUAUUUGACUUACUUUAUUUUAGCUGGAUAUGCAUAAAUAUAUAAAUUUUUUAAUAUCAUAUAAUAUUUAUGUUCAUUGAUUGAAGCACACAUAAAUGUUUACGUAUGCAUAUGCGAGUAUGUGUGUAUGUUACAUGCAACAGAAUGCAUGUUUCUUCUACAGUAGAGUGGUACAAAGUAAACAUGUAUGUAUGUAUGUAUUUUGAGCACUCCAGUUUGUAAAUACCAGUACUGUUUGUAAUGCAUUAAAUUUUUAAUAUACUUAUUAUUUCUUAAAAAAGUCGAAAGCAAUUGAACAAUGAAAAAGUAAUAAUUGCUUAAAGAAAACUAUCAUCUCAAGCGUAUUUAUAAUAAAAUAUACUAAAGCUGAAUUCUCAUUAAAUUACCGUUGCAACAAAUUUAAUUAAGCAAUAAUCAAUUAUAAAUUAGAAUUGGCGUAACACUGGUGUAUACAUACAUAUAUACAUACAUACAUACAUAAAAAAGUUUAAAACUAUAAAUAAAUGCGAAAACCUAGAUAGAAAGGUUAU